CUGUCAUUUCCGAACAGCACAGUGCUAGAGUAAAUUCAGCGUGAAAAAGGAAGGAGUUGCAGCGUGUUAGAAUUCUUCCUCCACAGCCUGGAUUACUACAGGAGAUGGAUUUCAAGGGGUUUAAAAAGCAGAGGAUUUAAAAUUGCUUCGGAAUGGAUUACUUUGAGAAUGAGCUUUGUGAGGACAACUGAUGUUUGACUGCUAGAAAUACUGAAGGAAUUUUUCAAAAUGAGCAUUGUUAUGAAGCCCAGAUCCCGAUCUACCAGCUCCUUAAGGACUGCCGACGCACUGUGUUUCGAUGUAGACAAUGGUACAUCAUCGGGGCGAAGUCCCUUGGAUCCCAUGACAAGCCCUGGAUCAGGGCUAAUUCUUCAGGCAAAUUUUGUCCACAGUCAACGUAGGGAGUCUUUCCUGUACCGGUCAGACAGUGACUAUGACCUUUCUCCAAAGUCCAUGUCCAGGAACUCCUCCAUUGCCAGUGAUAU